UUAACGCAACACAUGACUAACUGUGUGUAGUCUCGUAACAAUUCUAAGCAUUGAUUUCCGGCAGGACAAUCGGCGCUACGAUGACAUCAGUACUUGGUUUAAAUGAGCACCACCAAGCUCAAGUGGUUGCAUACAUGCGUUUUGUCCGAUUUCAUCGAAGUCAGCAACUUCGUGCAAUAAAUUCCUGUUUUAAUGAUGUAAAAUGCAGUAGGCUCACUGAAGAUACUUACACUAAUUAUGAAGUUGAAGAAUUGUUAGAUGGACUACUUCAAGUGAUUAGAGGUGAUAUGGAGUCAGAACUGAUUAACAUGGCUCAUACCAACAUAUUGCUUUUGCGACAAAUGUUUCAGCAAUCGGAGAACUGGCAUUUGAAAUUGAAGGCUGAUAUAUCUGAACUUGAGAAUGUAGAACUUUUAGAAAAAAUUAAAUUAUUUGAAGAACAAGAAUUUUCAAGCAAAAAAAAAGACUCUCCUGUUAGAGUAAAACUGAUGCCAAUGAAUGAGUCUGGUGGUUCUGAUUUACUUCAGAUGCGUAUUACUGAAUUAGAAGAAGAAAAUGCUCGACUUAAACAAAAACUCUCACGCCUUGAAGGUCAGGCAAUUGAUGUUCUGAAUGAGAAAGAAAAAUUAUCUGAGAGGCUCAUCUUAAGUGAGAAACAAUUAAAAAAUAUUCCUAAUUGGCAACAUCAGAAACCAGAUGAUGAUGGGAUCAUCCAAGACCUGGAAAAACAAAUGACUGAUUUGAAGUCUGAACUCCAGAUGAACAAAGACACACAACCGAAAUUGCUGGCUGUUGAAUCUGAUCUUUCUGAUACCAAACAGGAACUGCUGAAAGUAAAUGAAAUGUUGGAGUUAGCUGAAAAGGAAAUGGAGAAGAAGGUAUCCCAGACAGCACCUUUCAAAAAUCUCAAAUCAAUGCUACAGAAGAAAAACGAGCAGAUAAAAGAAUUGAGGCAAAGAUUAUCAAAAUAUGAAGAAACUGAGGAUGCAUAGAGAUAAUGUAGAGAAACUGAGGAUGCAUAGCAACCAUGCAAAUGGUAACCGUCCAUCUGUUAAGUCCGUCCAGUUGCACAUAAUCAUUCCACACUUAAAAUUUAAAAGCAAAAAUCCUCAAUCUUUUUUUUUAUAUUAAUUUAUGCUAUGACACAAAUGCUUUUCUCUUUUUCUUUUCUUAUUUUCCUUGAUAGCAUCUGUCUGUCAUUAGAUGAAUUGUGGGGAUGUGUUUGCUGAUCAAACAAUUCAUUCGUACUCACGCAGAUGUAAAUAGUACUUGCGAUCUAUUAAGCAGUUCUAUUAGAUCAAACCUUUAUUUAUCACACUGAGAUAUUUGAAUUAUUUAGGAAUUGUUGAUUACUAGCUUAUUCAUUCUUGAUCUCUUACCAGAUUAUCAAAUUCCACUGCAGUAUUAUUUCCACCUUUAUCUCAUGGAUUAACUUAAUGAAAAUAAAAGCACCUUCUCAUGCAUUUUCACAAAAUAUAAAGUAUUUUCACAGUAAAAGAAAAUUACUAAAUAAUAAAUAAUGUUCCGUCCUAUCACAUUAAAGAUGAACACGAUUAUACAUAUCAAAGCUGCCUUAACUCUGUAACAUAUAUAUAUAUGUAUAUAGAUUAGA